GGUGGGAGGUUUAAGAUGAUUUUCCUGUGUGUCCCUCAGUCCGGUUGCUGGUUAUCUUUCAGAGCCGCGAUGAAAAUGGCCAACAUAGACCAUGUGUUUGACAGCAUGUUCACCAAUCCACGUGAUUCACUCGGAAAACCGCUGCUACGGGAUAAGGACAGUGAGCUGCUGUACUUUGCGGAUGUGUGCGCAGGUCCAGGGGGAUUCUCUGAGUACGUGCUCUGGAGGAAGCGAUGGCAUGCCAAGGGCUUUGGGAUGACUCUGAAAGGACCCAAUGAUUUCAAAAUGGAGGACUUCUUUGCAGCAUCCAGCGAACUAUUCGAGCCGUAUUAUGGUGAAGGUGGUGUGGAUGGCGAUGGCGAUAUCACACGGCCGGAGAACAUCUCAGAGUUCCGUCGCUUUGUGCUGGAGAACACAGACCGGAAAGGAGUUCACUUCCUCAUGGCAGAUGGGGGUUUCUCAGUGGAGGGACAGGAAAACCUGCAGGAGAUCCUCAGCAAACAGUUGUUACUGUGUCAGAUACUCAUGGGGCUCAAUGUCAUCAGGACAGGUGGCCAUUUUGUGUGUAAGACAUUUGACCUGUUUACCCCGUUUAGCGUGGGCCUCAUUUACCUGCUGUACAUGUGCUUCCAGCGAGUGAGUCUCUUCAAACCUGUCACCAGUCGCCCUGCAAACUCUGAACGCUACGUUGUGUGCCGAGGGCUGAAGACAGAGACUGAGGCUGUGCGUGAUUACCUCUUCGGUGUCAAUCUGAAGCUGAAUUUACUGAAAUCCAGUGAGCAAGAUGUGAGCAGUGUGGUUCCUUUGAAUAUUCUCAAAUCUGACAGCAGCUUCUACAGCUACAUGCUGCAAUCAAACAACCGGCAUGCUGCUGCUCAGGUCAAGGCUCUCGCCAAAAUCCACGCCUUCAUUCGAGAUCCGAACCUGAAUGAGACGCGACAGGCGGAAAUUCGCAAGGAAUGCCUGAAACUGUGGGGGAUCCCAGACAAGGCUCGCAUUGCUCCGAGCACCACAGACCCCAAGAGCAAGUUCUACGAACUGAUUCAGGGCACAGACAUGGAGACAUUCAGCUAUAAACCCACCCUGCUGUCUGCACAGGUCAUUGACAAGAUCAGCCACGUGUUGGACUAUCGCUGUAUGGUUGCGGGAGGCCAGCAACACUUCCUCCUUGGCAUGGGUAAGUGUCAGAUCUACCUGUGGGAUGGAGCAACCCCAAUGAGAUGGAGGAAGCUGGAGAGUUUCAAGACUGAAUUACCACGCGAUACCUUACUGUUGGUGGAAAUUAUACAGGAGCUGAAAGGAGAGGGGAAAGCCCAGCGGAGGAUCAGCUCGAUCCACAUCCUUGAUGCUCUGAUUCUCAACGGGACUGACAUUCGAGAGCAGCACUUCAACCAGAGAAUCCAGAUGGCAGAGAAGUUUGUGAAAGCUGUUUCGAAGCGGAGUCGCUCAGACAUGAACCCAAUACGAGUGAAGGAGGUCUAUCGGCUCGAGGAAAUGGAGAGGAUAUUUGUCAGGUUGGAAAUGAAGAUCACAAAGGGUUCCAGUGGAAUGCCCCGUCUCUCUUACACUGGCCGUGAUGACCGCCACUUUCUGCCCACUGGUCUGCAUAUCAUUAAAACUAUCAAUGAUCCCUGGACCAUGUGCUACAGCCGGAACUCCAAGAGGAAAUAUUUCCAUAACACCAAGUCCAAGGAAUCAACAUAUGAUUUGCCCCCAGACUCGAUCACACCGUUUCAUGUGUGCCAUUUCGAGCGCCUGUUCUGGGCCUGGGAGGAUGGGGUCCGUGUUCAUGAAUCUCAGACACGACGCAAUGUGGAGAAACUCUCCAAGGACGACGUGCUGAACUUUAUCCAGGAACAUUACCAGCCCUAGAGGCGUCUGACUAGGAGGCAAUAUCUGGGAGCCUGUCCCGGACACAGCCGGCGCUCUCACCCCUGGUCUUGCCAAUUUUGUGUCUCUUCCUCUUGCUCUUUCUCUCUCCCCCUCUCUCUCUCUCUGUAUCUGUCGGUCUGUCUGUCUCUCUCUCUCACUUUGUCUGUCUGUCUCUCUCAAUCUCUCUCUCUGUCUAUGUCUGUGUCUCUGCCUCUCGGUCGCUCUGUGUGUCUGUCUCGCUCUCUGUCUGUCUCGCCCGCGCCCUCCGUCUGGCUCUCGCCCGCGCCCUCCGUCUGGCUCUCGCCCGCGCCCUCCGUCUGGCUCUCGCCCGCGCCCUCCGUCCCCCUGAUGUGAUGACCCACCCCAUCUCUCUGUACUUCUCGCUGUCCCCACACUCUCCUUUCUAUCCAUGCGCCUCCCUAGCUUCCAACUUUUACCCUCCGUCCUGCUUUCUGUUGCCAGGAUAGAGGGCUCUAUCUAUAAUUGACUUGUGCUUCAGGAAUUGUGGACAAUAUUUGUUCAAAUUUUGUAAAGUGAAUAAAUAUGGAUUUGUGUAA